CGCUUGCCGCCCAUCCUCGUCACCCGUCCUGCCUGUCGCACACUCCAAUGGCUGACUGGACCUUGCUCGCACGCGUUUGAGUAAUGCAUUUUCUGCUUGUCGCACACUGCUCAGCCUGCCUGCCCAGACGCGGCGUUGUCCCCACCGCGCCGCUGUUCCUGCUGUUUGACACAACAACAGCACUCCUUAUGCACAAAUGCGAUUCUAAAAUGUCCUCCCCACCCCAGCUGUGAACAUCGGCUGCGAGUGUGAACGAGAAGCGACGUGCGCUCGCAGGGGAACGGCGAGGAAAGCCGUGAAUGCGACCAUGGCGGCAACUGCGGCAGCCUCUGCAGCUUGCAGCACAACAGCGCACCUUGAGGGAAAAACUCUCCGUCGGUCGAGACCCAGCUUGACGGCUGCGCAAGGCUCUUUCGGCAGUUGUCUUCGAUGUUCGUCCAGAAGCCAACAUCGAGGUGAUCACCGUCUACAUCUUGGGGAUGAAACGAAGGCAUGCAUCCGUUCACCCGCUGCUCCUUUUCAGUGUCUCUCUCAGAAGCCUGACGCUUCGCCUGCUGUAUAUAGCAGGCGAAGCUCUUCGGAGGAGGCGGUUGCAGCGGGCUUGAUGACGGGCAGCGCAGAAAGUGGUCGUUUGGGCUUGAACAAUGGUUGGCGAUGCCGAUCGGCCAUAGCUGGAGACGUGGCCGUGGCAGAGGACCAGUCGAAAUCUUCAGAAACUACAGCGCUACCCUUUCGGAUUGGGCAUGGGUUCGACCUGCACCGUCUUGAGCCGGGCUUUCCUUUAAUCAUCGGAGGAGUGAACAUUCCUCACGAUCGGGGCUGCGAUGCGCAUUCGGAUGGCGACGUUCUGCUUCACUGUUUGGUCGACGCCAUUCUUGGAGCGCUGAGUCUUCCAGACAUCGGCCAAUUGUUUCCGGAUAACGAUCCCAAGUGGAAGGGCGCGGAUUCGACGGUGUUCAUGAAAGAGGCGGUGCGCCGAAUGCAUGAAGCCGGGUAUCGUGUCGGGAAUGUGGAUGCCACUGUCAUCUUGCAGAGACCGAAGCUUAGCCCCCAUAAGCCGGUGAUAUUGAAAAACCUCUGUGAGCUAUUGGGAGUUGGUGCAGGGGCCGUCAACUUGAAAGCGAAAACACAUGAGAAGGUCGACAGCUUGGGGGAGAACAGAAGUGUGGCUUGUCAUGCUGUUGUGCUACUAAUGAGGAAGGAUUAAGGAUUUUUUUUAAUUUUUUUUUCGUCUUUUUUUUUGCCAUGUUGAAGUUUGUUUGUUUGCAUCUUUUGCUUUCUUCUCCUCUCACCUUUCUUUGCCUGACUCACGGUUACCCAUGAUAUUCCUGAAAAAUGCAAGAAUAGAAUCCGCAUUCUAAAUUUAGAAUAAAAUCCCUUACAUCAUGAUGCGGCUUGUCUGCACUGUUAUGUCAUGGGGGAGAUCGAAGCUGGUCGAAGAUCGACAAGGGCGGGGAUGGAAGAAGGCGGGGAUCGAGAGGAACGGGCAAAACACCCUGCAACCACAUAACAGUAGUAUGAUUGCUUCGACGGCCGUUCUGAUGGAUUUGCUGGGAUCAAUGGAGGAGGGUGGAUUGAUGUGAUGUGAUGUUCUCUUGAAUAAGAGGAAUGAAAGAAAUGUGAUACA